UUUUUUUUGCGAGGUUCUGUGUCCUGAAUCCUGAAUUGGAAAUUCGACCUUACAAUACAAUACCAUUACACUCUUCUUAUCUCAUUUCCCUUCCCCUUCACGAGGAGCAAAACAAAACAGCCAUGGCUUCUUCUGCAAUUGCUGCAACGAAACGCACAUUCUCUGUAUUCACAUUCCUCAUUCUUCUCCUCUCAUCUUCAAAUUCACUGACCCCGGCGACACCAGUUCCCGCCGAUUGGCCGGAGCAGUUCCACUCGGUGAUGUUCAUGAACAGAAGCGACUCUCUCCAGAAACUGGACUUGUGGUACGACUGGCCCAACGGCCGCAACUUCAACAUCAUCCAGGACCAGCUCAACCCCGUCGUCACCUACGACCUUGAGUGGACCAACGGCACCUCCUUCGUCUACACGCUCCACCCUUCUGACCAGAGUUGUGAGGUUCUCGACGUCCCUGUGGGGAUUCUCCGCCCUAAUUGGCUUGACGGUGCGACCUAUUUGGGUCAGGAAACAGUUGAUAAUUUUCUCUGCAAUGUUUGGGAGAAAGUUGAAUUUAUAACGUAUUAUGAGGAUGUGCUUACUCGAAGACCUGUUAAGUGGGUCUUCUACUCAGGGUAUACUGCUCACGUGAUGACAUUUGAGGUUGGUGCAGUGCUUGAGGAUCCGAAUUGGCAGGCUCCUGUGUACUGUUUUAAUGGGAGUGAGAAGGAAAGGAGUCUCUCUCUAUUGGGACCUGCUGUUCAUGGUGAUUCUUUUGGGAGGUUGAUGAGAGGGGUAGUCAGUACUGCAGAGGCGUUGUAGUUAUGAAAUGGCUUAUGCAUGGAUUACGUCUGUUGUAUGAGUCUACUGUCUGUCAGAUUUGGGGAUAUCUAAUAAUUGUAUGAGCCAAAUGUUUACAUGAGUUCUCAAUCACAAUCUUAUUGGAUGCUGUUGUGAGCUAACCUUUGGUUUCAUAAAGGUAGAUAGAUCAAAUUAUGGCCAUCUUAGACAUUUGGGAAAUAAUGAACUGCAAUUGUCCUUCAGAGCUUGAGUAGAAGGAGCAGGUUUGUGUGUGAGAUAUAAAUAAUUGUUAUUCGUUACAUAUGGUCAUCGUAGAUAAGCAUCAAGAAAUUUUGUAAAUGUGUAGGGUGGAAUAAUGGAAUGUUUUGUUAGUCUUAA